AUGAUUCCAGGCAGCCGGGAUGAUGUGCUCGAACCCUCGGUGUAUGACCUUGCACGGGAAUCAGCACGAGUUGAAGGCUCGCGAGAAGGCCAGGAGGAGGAGAAGCAAGAAGAGCAAACCUCCAAGGUCGACAUUUUGGCACCCUACUUGGUGGACUUUUUCAACAAGGACACUGGCUUGGUCCAAUUGGACUCCCUGCAAGCGGAGCUCGUGGCCAAGAAGUGCACGACCGACUUCCGCAAGCGUCUCACCGAUAGGGCUGAGAUCAUUCAGCGGCGCUUGGAGGAAGAGCAGGAGCUAUUGCGGAAGCGACGGGCUCAGAUGCAGCGGCGCGGGGACUCCGUAGAGAAGGACGAGCAGGCCUUUGCUGCGUACCAAGACGAGGCCAUGUUCCGCACCCAGAUCUUGGAGCAACGGCUGGCGCGCCACGAAAUGCAGGCCAUCGAGAAGUUCCAGGAGCUGGAGCGAAUGCUGCAAGAAGAUCCGAGAUUAGCAGCCAUGUGGCAGAAAGAGCCUGCUGCUGUGAAAGGUGCCAUGUGGCUCAUGGGUUUGCGCAGGCUGUGGGCAACCUGCUGGCAAUCCUCCAUGCGGGUGGUGGUGGAGCAACUUCGGCUGCAAGCCCUGAAAAAUCGGUGGCUGCAGCCGGAGCGGGUAAUAUUCGUUGAGGUGUGGGUGGGCUCGGAUCGGCUCUCGGGUUGGGUUUGGGCGAUGCCCGGCGUGUCCUUGGGAGCGCAAUGCCGAUCGGAGCUUACAACGCGCAAGAAAGAUGAAAUCAGCAUCCGUGGCAUGCGUUCAGUGGCCGCGGGCAAGAAGCGAGACCUCACCAUGAUUCCAGGCAGCCGGGAUGAUGUGCUCGAACCCUCGGUGUAUGACCUUGCACGGGAAUCAGCACGAGUUGAAGGCUCGCGAGAAGGCCAGGAGGAGGAGAAGCAAGAAGAGCAAACCUCCAAGGACACUGGCUUGGUCCAAUUGGACUCCCUGCAAGCGGAGCUCGUGGCCAAGAAGUGCACGACCGACUUCCGCCCCAUGGACACCGUGUUGGGAGGAAACGCAUUUCAUGGGUGUGGCUGGGUGGGCCACGCCGAUGGGAUCAUGAAAGCCUUUUUCGGAGCGGCGAACCGAAGGGGCAAGCGUCUCACCGAUAGGGCUGAGAUCAUUCAGCGGCGCUUGGAGGAGAGUUGGGAAGAGCAGGAGCUAUUGCGGAAGCGACGGGCUCAGAUGCAGCGGCGCGGGGACUCCGUAGAGAAGGACGAGCAGGCCUUUGCUGCGCGCCUUGGAGUCGCAACAAUGGUGGCCUUGAAGUCGUACCAAGACGAGGCCAUGUUCCGCACCCAGAUCUUGGAGCAACGGCUGGCGCGCCACGAAAUGCAGGCCAUCGAGAAGUUCCAGGCGCAGAAGAAGAUCCGAUGGGAGGGACGAGGGGAAGGACCAGUGGUCUGUUUGCGGCAUGGGGCAUGGUCCGCGAGGGAGGAGAUCGCACGUAUGAUUGAAAAUGGAGUCCCUUCGAACGAGAUCCUGGAAGCCAUCCGGAGCGGUUCUGAAGGUGACCAACCCCUGGAGAUCCAGGGAGAAGCAGAAGAAGCAGACGAUCCAGUAGCAAAGUCCUUGUCGGAGGAGAGACCACCACUGAGUUCAGAGGCGGCACCUCCCAGCUGGAUCGCCGAGAAGAGGGCAGAGAAACCCACCAAGGUACCCGCCGCUUCGGAAGGCUCUUCUUCAGCAGCCUCGACACCUCACCUCUCGACUGACCGCUCCUCCCGGGAUACCCCCACCUGGGCGACGGGAGCAGCGCUUUCGCCUUUAGGCUUCACAAAGAAGGCAGUGUCCCCAGUGCCUCAAAUUCCGCAGUUGCAAGUCAAAGAGGAGGAGCAUGAGGAGCCGCCGAAGCCAUCGGCAGUCAUGCCAGAGGAAGAUCCAGGUAAAAUCGACAGAGGAGCAGUGAUUCAAACCCUGGAGGGCCAGGAGCUUGAUACCAUGCGACAGCCCGAUUGGGCCACAGUAGAGACCCUCGAGGAGGAGCAGAGGAUGCCAGAAACCAGCAGGGAGGGUUCGGGAGCGGAAGCCAUGAGACGCGCCAUCGUUUGCGCGGAGGAUCGACAGGGAGAGCGCAGGAUCAGCGGAGACUGUGCGGUCCCUGUUACCGAACUCCCGUACUACAAAGAUCACCCGAUUGAACACGUGGAGACAUCGCCCAAUGCCGUCGAGUGGGGUCCUGACUCUGAUGACAGCGAGGGAGACCCUGCGAUUACGGACCUAGAGAUGCACCACACCUUUGUGCAACUUUCCUCGGGAGCGGGGAAGAUCCAUAAGCCUGCAGCCCGGGAUGAACACAUGCCAAGCCAGCAACCAGAAGGCCACCCUGACCUGGGGAAGGAGCGGCCGUCUAACCACAAGGGCGGGGGAGAUGAUAAGAAGGGAGUGAAGAGGUCGCGUACCCCGGAGCGCCCCCGCAAGGAGAAGCCAG